AUGGAGGAAACUAACUGGUCCAGUGACUUUUAUUCAGACAUUUUUUCUUUAGACUUUGACAGCUUGUUUAAUACAAUUGAGUUAGAAAGCCUUGGAAGUAAAGAAAAUAGCGAUGCAGUCCCUGAAGUCUUAAAUACAACAAACCAAGAGAGCGAGCGAGCGGUCCUGACGGAAACAACAAACAACUUACCGGCACCAGACGAGUCCAGGUUUCCACUUACUUCCACUGACCAAAUCCAAGAAACAAUCAAAGAAGCACAAAAUAAGAACACACAAAGAAGUACAAAUACGUGGAUGAGAGUUUGGUAUUCCUGGGCAAAGUCACGUCAAAUCAACGAGAGUAUAGAAACAAUGGCGCCCGCAACUUUAGACGGAGUCCUCCAAAAAUUUUCUCUGGAAGUGAGAAAGCAAGACGUCUCAGAGUAUGAACCGGACUCACAUAAAGUUAUGCAAGCGGCCCUGGAACGGUACCUAUCCACCCAGAAAUAUCCAUACAGUCUGAUAAAUAGUCUGGAGUUCUCAUCUUCAAGGGCUGUUCUUGAAGCAAAAGCAAAACAACUAGGAAUGAAUAGUUACGGCAAGAGAAAGAAUCGCGCCCUGCCGUACAACUCUGCCGAAGAAGAGUCCUUCUGGUCAAGUGGUCUGUUAGGCGACCACGAUGGAGUGGCUCUCACAAACGUUAACUUCAAGAAUUUGUCCGAGCACUUCGGAUUUCGUGGCUGUCAAGACCAUUACGACGCUUAUGUACAAGAUUUUGAAGUUGCGUGGAUCCAGAUCCAUGGAGGAGAAGUUGCAAAAUGCGUUCGUUUCAAUGAAAAUCCAACAAAGACCCGUUCCGGUGGCCUUUCAGCCAAACACACGGUGGACCAAGAGAUCCAGUCCGGCUUUUUGAAGAAUUUCUGAGAAGGCGCCCAUUAGAAAUGGGAACCUCUGGGCCUUUGUACUUGGCAAUAAUACAGCGUCCGAAAACCGAAGUUUGGUAUGCCAAGUCCAGGAUGGGCGAACACAAACUUGGCAGCAUUAUGAAGACCCUAGCACAGACGAUCAGCAUUGAUGGAAAAAAGAUUUCAAAUCAUUCCACCAGAAAAGCAGUUGUCGCUAAAUUGAAGAAAGCCGGACAACCAAGGCACAAAAUAAUUUAA